AUGACGCCUGGAAGCAUCUUGUACACCCGGGCCAGCGUCGACGGCAACAUUGUGCAGGCUGCGGUGCGGCGCGACGGCGUCGGCACUGGCGAGCGGCAAGGAAACAAAACGCUGACGCAAGUGCCAUACGACGGGUUGCAGCUCUGCGGUGUCGACAAGUACAACCAGGCGCUUGGCGAGUCACUGAAAUUGUCGGCGACACCUCUGUCGCAGAGCUGCUUUUAG